ACACGUUGAUAAAAUGUAUUAACAGACGAAGUUCUAGUGGCAGACGAUCUAAAAUUGUACACUGCGAUAAUCCACAAGUGUCACUAAAAAUAAAGAAAAAAAUCGGUGGCAUUUACAAGUCGACGCCAAAAUUUCGUUCGGCAGAAUUAAAUAUGUGCUACGUUUUGCUUAGACAAUUAGUGCUUUUUACUGUUAUUUUUGCCGUUAAAGGAGCCAGUUUACACAGAUUUGUGGAUUUAGUACAUACUCCUACUUGUGUCGCGUUAACGUGUAAAAUUCCUCAACCAAGGGCCGUUAUUCUAGCACAAGAAGUUAAAAUUCCCCAGGAUACAGCACCCCACAUGGCUGUUUUUCACAGAUGCGAUGGAGGUAGUGGCUGUUGUGGUCAAGGCAAAGUUUGUAAGGCCGCUAAGGAGGAAAUACUUAAUGCCACAAUUUUUGUGAAAAUCGACAAACAAUAUAAACCAUAUUUUUUUGAAAUAAGAAAUCAUACAUCAUGUUCGUGUCAGAAUAUUGCAGAUACUCCAAAAUAACACAAGGUUAUUUCCAAUGAAAUGGAAAUUAUUGAAGAAGAAAAUAAUGAAGGAAAAAGAAAGUGAAGAAAAUAUUUCCGAAAAAUUUUUGGAUUAGGCUUUCACCCUUCCACAUCAAUUAUUUCUCCAUUGCAUGACAAAUGGAUUCUAGAUGUGAUGAAAGGUUAUCUAACACCGAAUACUUAAUUUUAUAUUCUGAUCAGUAUUACAAUAAAUUCAUGACAAUUCUUCACACAUUUAAAAAACUAUAAACUGAAAAGGACCUUCUAUGGUCUUUAUUAUUAAAACAUUAAGAGUUCAUCAUUCAUUCAUUUCAAACAAACAUUCCAAAAUCAUUUCAUCAGACUUUUUGUGCAAUUGUGAUAUUCGUACUUACAAUGUAGAUUAGUUUAUUUAUUUUAUAUUAUUUAUGUAAAUAAAUAUUUAUA